UUUUUUGAAAAGUCCAACCUCUUUAAGUUUGAUCAAAUUUAUGAAGAAAUAUAUCAAAAUUCAUAAUAUCAAAUUGGUGUUAUUAGAUUCAUCAUGAAAUGAAUUUCCAUAAUAUUUUGGCUUAAUAUUGUGGUUGUCGAUAUUUUUGGCUCUAAACUUGGUCAAAGUUAAAUAAAUUUGACUUUCCAAAGAACUAAUACCCCUUGUAUUUUGGACCUGAUGGAAUAUUUAGCUUGGCGGAUGGGGGAGAUGAUGGAGCGUGUUUUAUGUUUAUUUAUAUUGUGUUUAUUUGGUGGGCCUUUCAUGGUGUGAUGAUGUGUUAUGCGCUAAUCAACUCAUAUUUUUGUGGGUAAAUUUCUGUGUGAUGGCUACAUGUACUAUAUUGAUGCUUAGUAUCUUCACAUGGUGGCGCUUAUUUUUUCUAGGUGGUAAGAGGGUGCACGGGAUUGAUAUGUUUUUCUAGCAGUUGGUGUUGAUUGAUUUGAAAAUUCGUUGGCCCGAUCAAAAUCGUAAACCAAAUUCAAAAUUGAAUAUCUCAAUCGAAUAAAAGAGCUUCAAAAUUAGGGAAUAUGGUGAAUUAAAAUAAUUAAAUGGGAGAGCUCCUUGAGAAAAUUAUUGAUCCGGUCAAAAUCGGAUGAUCAAGUUUUAAACUGAAGACCUCAAUAAACUGUGAGGACUUAAAAAAUAAGAAGCAUAGUGUAUAGUAUACAAGAAUUGAAUUAGAGCUUUAAGAAAUUGUUGACUUGGUCAAAAUUGGGUGACCCAAUUUCAAUUGGACACCUCAAUUGAUUGUGAGGCAUUUUACCCCUGGGGAGCUUAGUGAUAUAGUAGAUUAGGAAAACCAUCUGAUAGACAUAAACAGAAACAAACAGGAUCAUGUAAAGCAUACCAGAGAGGGUAAACCAAAAUUGGAAGAAGAGAAAAAUUAAACACAUUGUCGGUGUCGUUUCAUAAUCAUCUACUACCUUCAUUUGGGUUUAUUGGUUCCUUUCAUAUUAUGUGCCAAAUUUUGCCUGUAGAUGUGACUAACAAAAUAUUAGUUGUAUGUCAUGGAAGUUAUAUUAUUGGAUUCAUAUUUGUAAGAGGUUUUCAAUGAUCCUAUUUUUAUGGUAUAUAACUUAUUUUUUUGAUAGUUAAAUUAAAGGUCAAAGUUUGACCCAAAUAUAAUGGGACUAAUAACCAGAACGGAGGUAGUGGCAAUUAGCAGUUGGCUAUCGAUACGCUAUAGUGAUUACUCAUCAAACAACAGGCAGAUUCUUCUUUACACCAAAUGUAAUAUUGAUGUGCUUCUCUCCACUUCUCUUUGUAGCUUUUCACCUAUACUGUCGUUUCAUGUGCAGGAAUCGUCUGUCACUUCAUCUCCUUUCCAUUCUCUGUGAACAAAGGAAUCGUUGGUUUAAACAUAGGACAAGCCAACAAAAACGAUAGGAGGAAGAGAGAUAUUAUUACAAUGCAGUAAAUCUGCCCCCCUCUUGGAGACAAGCAAGAACCUCUGCAAACUGAAAGAAAGAAGGGAUGAUGAAGAAGGGGAAGUGGUCCAGGGAAGAGGAUGACUUGUUGAAAAAACACGUUGAGAAGUAUGGCAUUGGCCGUAGUUGGCAGGCAUUGGCUGAAACCCUAGGGCUUCAGCGUUGCGGCCGGGGUUGCCGAGCGCGGUGGCUGAACUACCUCCGGCCGGGACUGAAGCACGGCAACUUCACGCAGGCAGAGGAGAGCAUCAUCUGUGAGAUGUACAGCAAGAGGGGAAGCUGCUGGUCCGUCAUCGCCGCCCAGCUCCCCGGGAGAACGGACCUCGCCGUCAAGAACUACUGGAACGGCACCAUCUCGAAGAGGUUCCACUGGGCGAGCAGCGCGGCGGCCGCGCGCCGCAGGCGCAGCGUCCACCGCCCCUCCUCCAGCACGACGUCGGACGCCACCAAGCCGGAGGAGCUCGCGCUGGUCGUCCACGGCGAGGGGAGCUCCACGACAGGAUCGUCAUGCUAUGCCGGCGGCUUCGUGGACGCCUGGAUCCUGGCCGGCUCACUGCCGCUCGUGCAAGCGCAGCCACCGCUGGCGGCCGGCGGCUGGAACGCGGCGAAAGAAGAGGUCGGUGAGACGGUGCCGAUUGAGAGGAAGCCGGCCGUGGCGCCUGCGCCUCUGCCAGAGAAUGACAUGGUCUGCGCCCCCAUGACUGUGAUUCCCCUGGCGUCCAUGGAGCCGGACGACAUGCCUUGGAUUGACGGUUUCGACGAGAUCGACAGCUUCCUGCCCUGGUUCGAUGACUAGUAAUCAAGUGGCAACGUAGGUAGAAUGGUUAUCGUCAAUGGUCGGCUCCUUGGUUCAGGAGCAGCCGCAAGAUUGUCAUGUACUGUUAAACAUUUACUGUGUUGUCUUCCGAAAAAGAUUUACCAUGUUGUUAGGGUUGGAUGGGAUAUGAGCGGAAAGGUAAUUCCCAUUUGAAUCAUAACUGGGCGUGGCCUCUCUGUUGAUGUGAUUCCUAGACAUUGCACAAGUUUCUUCAGUGA